AUGUGUACAUGUAUGUAAUUACAUGGGCAUUACACUUAAUAUCUGAAUUAUUACCAGAACCUUUUUGUAUAUUGAAACCGUCUUAACAAACAAAUCGAUUUGGGUCAUUAUACAGUUAUAAAUAUAAAUCACUCGCAAUAUCAGAGGGAGGUAUUUUGCAACUGUUUGUUCAAGAGAUAUACAUGUAUGAACUUUAAACCAAUCGAAUAUUCAACCUUGCAUGAAGUUCAUGAAACCCGGGUUGAUCGCUUGAAAAUCGUGACUGAAGUGGAUUUAUGUGAUUUAGAAAUACACUUUGAAUCUAAUACCAACGAAAAGAAAAAUACAAAGGAAUAAAAUUCGCAAACAAGUAAUCAAAAUGGCGCUUUCGUGCGGAGGAAAAUGUAUGAAGAUAUUCCUAGUGGUGGUGAACUCACUGUUUAUGCUGCUCGGGCUCGGCCUCCUAAUUCCAGGAAUUUUGAUGCUAGUAGACGUUGAUGUCAUCAAUGAUGAAAUCCUCCCCCUGUUGCAACAGUUAUCUUUUGGAGCUCUGAAUGUUGGUGACCUUGCCAAGGGUCUGUCCGUGACCCUAAUUAUUUUUGGGACCUUUGUCCUUAUCGUAUCCAUGUUUGGUUGUUGUGGAGCCUUUUGUCAGCAAAGACUUUGCUUGGUCGUUUAUGCUGCAUUUGUACUGAUUUUCUUCUUGGCCAAGCUGGUUGUUGUCAUCCUCUGGUUUGUCUGGAAUGACAAGAUCCAGACUUGGAUGAAGACGGAGUUACUUAGUCAGCUUCAAAAUAACUACAAAAACAAUGAUCUGACCUCCCACGAAAUAUCUUCUGCCUGGAACUACAUGUUCAUGUCUCUGUCUUGCUGCGGAGUGAAUGCUGUCACCGGAACCACAAACGACUUUGACUCCUCUGUCUGGAUAGCCAGCGCCGGAAGUAAAAAUAUUCCGACAUUUUGUUGUACUGGUGUCACCGCCUCAAACUAUGCCACAUACUCAGACUCUGCUUGCACAGACAGUGUCACGGCUAAUUUCUACACCAAGGGCUGUUAUGACGCCACGUACGACUUACUGAGCUCCUACAGCACGGCCUUCAUCGCCAUCUUAGUCAUCAUUUUACUAGUGGAGCUGGUAGCCUUUAUUGGAUCCAUUGUUAUUAUAAAACAAGGAGGGGAGGAUGGCAAGAGUCUGUCUGGAGCCGCCAAAAUUGUUUAAACCAAUCAAAUACGGGUUAACGUCAGCAAGUUAAUGGAUCUUGUGCACAAGGAACUAUAAUUCUUGGAUUCCGUCCAUUUUUAUCCGUAUUUUAUAUCAAUUUUACUUCUUUGCAUGUUCCGUUUUCUAUCAUGCAAAUUAUUGAUAUAUUUAUGGUUGGAAAAUUGUUUCGUAAAUUUAAACUUGGAUUUUCUUUUAUAUACAUGUAUUUACCAUUGUGCCAUUUGACUACAAAGUUAUUGAAGCUUAAAGUAUGGAAACUUGAGUUGAGUGACACUUACUUACACAUUUAAACUUCUUUGUAUCAAUGUUUAACUUGUUGUACACCUUUUGAUACUUGUUUCCUGCAAGUCUACGUUUCUCAUUUUUAGAAAUAUUGUGUUGUAAGUCUUAAAAAAUUGGACUUUUUCUUAAGGUAAAAAAACAAUUUUUGAAUACAAUUAAAUAAUAGGUUGAUUUUCUCUGUAUUUUUCAUAUAUUAAAAAUAAAAUCAUGUUUUAUGUAAAGCCUGUUAUUACAUUUGUUCUUAUGUUAUACAAAUCUACGUUUACUCAUUUUCAGAAAUAUUGUGUUUUGUU